GCCACCGGCACGCUGGCGAGGCCACCGGCCCCUGGAGCACCAGUCCGCCGCUGGGCGUCGAUGAUCUACAGGCCAGGGUAGCUCUACCGGGGCCCACGCAAGCUCUCUCAGACGCCAGGAGGGCCAGCACGAGCCAGACUGGGAAGCUGCGAGCCCGAGAGCUACUGCGGAGCGCCAAACACCCCCUAAACCUGCUGCGCUCCCGGGCGCCCGGCUGGGUAAAGGACAGCUUCUGGGAGCUAGAGAACACAGAGAAGCGAGUGCUCGUGGAAAAGCAAGAUGUCACGAUAGACCCUUGGCCCCAGAGUCCACUGAGGUGAGAGGAAGAUCUCUGGGCUGCUUGGUUCUAGGCGGACUGAAGAGCAGCCAUGGAGUUGACCUCUGAGCAGUUCAAUGGGAGCCAAGUGUGGAUACCUUCUCCCUUUGACCUCAACGGCUCACUGGGGCCAAGCAAUGGCUCCAACCAGACAGAGCCAUACUACGACAUGACAAGCAACGCGGUCCUCACGUUCAUCUACUUCGUGGUGUGCGUGGUGGGGCUGUGCGGCAACACGCUCGUCAUCUACGUCAUCCUCCGCUACGCCAAGAUGAAAACCAUCACCAACAUUUACAUCCUCAACCUGGCCAUCGCAGAUGAACUCUUCAUGCUGGGGCUGCCCUUCUUGGCCAUGCAGGUGGCGCUGGUCCACUGGCCUUUUGGCAAGGCCAUCUGCCGGGUGGUCAUGACUGUGGACGGUAUCAACCAGUUCACCAGUAUCUUCUGCUUGACGGUCAUGAGCAUCGACCGUUACCUGGCCGUGGUCCACCCCAUUAAGUCAGCCAAAUGGAGGCGACCCCGGACAGCCAAGAUGAUCAACGUGGCUGUGUGGGGUGUGUCCCUGCUUGUCAUUUUGCCCAUCAUGAUAUACGCUGGCCUCCGGAGCAACCAGUGGGGUAGGAGCAGCUGCACCAUCAACUGGCCGGGCGAAUCCGGGGCAUGGUACACGGGUUUCAUUAUCUAUGCCUUCAUCCUGGGGUUCCUGGUACCCCUAACCAUCAUCUGUCUCUGCUACCUGUUCAUCAUCAUCAAGGUGAAGUCCUCUGGGAUCCGAGUGGGGUCGUCCAAGAGGAAAAAGUCAGAGAAAAAGGUGACCCGAAUGGUAUCCAUCGUGGUGGCUGUCUUCAUCUUCUGCUGGCUCCCCUUCUAUAUCUUCAAUGUCUCGUCCGUGUCUGUGGCCAUCAGCCCCACCCCUGCCCUGAAAGGCAUGUUUGACUUUGUGGUUAUCCUCACCUACGCCAACAGCUGCGCCAACCCCAUCCUGUACGCCUUCUUGUCCGACAACUUCAAGAAGAGCUUCCAGAAUGUUCUUUGCUUGGUCAAGGUGAGUGGUGCGGAGGAUGGGGAGCGGAGCGACAGUAAGCAGGACAAAUCCCGGCUGAAUGAGACCACGGAGACCCAGAGGACCCUCCUCAAUGGAGACCUCCAAACCAGUAUCUGAAACAACCCGGGAACGCAACGUGCACACGCACUAGCCAAGCCCCGCCUCCUGGCAGUGCGAGCCCCAUUCACCCGCUUCCUGCCUCCCCUACCCAUCACACCCGGCUUUUCUAGAGCAGAGCGGGAUUUGAGUCUGGCUUGUCCGAAAGUAUACCCCUCUGGUCACAUCUACCCCUAAAGUGAACGUUUUCGUGCAGGCAGACAAUUCAAAGACUGGAGAAGAGGACACGAUGGCCUGGGUGUGACCCGGUGGAAAGCAGCUACCCGGCAGAAACCGGAAAAACCAAAACUAAAAUCAAAGUUCCGCGCGUGUACGUGUGCUUGCCCGCUAUGUAAUCUCGUGAUCUGAUAUUUCCGUUUGUACAUCACCUCCCCACCCCCACCCCGGUCUCUGCGGAGCCAGUAUACACGUGUCCUGUGUUUGUAAACCCAAGUAGCUAGUUCAUGUGCGUCUAGUAUAGGUGGACAUUUACCACAGCGCUGAACCUGACGACAAGGACUCACCAUGUCAGAGUCAAUCUAAUCUAAGCUUCCAGCAUCCCUCUUGCAUGGGCCUUUCCCAGACCCAGGAGGAGCAUGAGCAGUAUGUUCAUAUAAUAAUACAUUUUUGUAAAAAGAAAAAAAAA